CUUUUCUACAAUUACAUAUUGCGUUUGAGAAAAACAAUAUUUAGUUAAAACAUUCAUAGCUUGUUCAACUAUGGUGAUUUCUGUGGCACCACGAGUUGAGAGUUUGGCGAGCAGUGGGAUUCAAGCAAUCCCAAAAGAAUACGUUCGCCCCCAGGAAGAGUUAGCCAGCAUUGGCAACGUCUUCGAAGAAGAGAAGAAAGACGAAGGGCCUCAAGUGCCCACCAUUGAUCUCAAGGAAAUAGACUCGGAGGACGAAGUGGUUCGCAAGCAAUGCAGGGAAAUGCUGAAAAAAGCAGCCACCGAUUGGGGCGUUAUGCACCUGGUUAACCAUGGGAUCCCUGAUGAACUUAUCGAGCGUGUGAAGAAAGCGGGGGCGGCGUUUUUCGAGCUUCCGCUUGAGGAGAAAGAAAAAUACGCGAACGACCAGGCUUCUGGGAAGAUUCAAGGCUAUGGAAGCAAGCUAGCGAAUAAUGCUAGUGGGCAACUUGAAUGGGAGGAUUAUUUCUUCCAUCUUAUUUUCCCUGAAGAAAAAAGGGAUUUGUCAAUUUGGCCGAAGACCCCAGCUGACUAUACAGUGGCCACUAGCGAAUAUGCAAGGCUUCUCCGAGGCUUGGCUACCAAAAUUAUGGCAGUGUUAUCAGUUGGAUUGGGAUUGGAAGAGGGAAGGCUGGAAAAAGAAGUUGGUGGAAUUGAAGAACUUCUCCUUCAAAUGAAAAUCAACUACUAUCCCAAAUGCCCACAACCAGAACUGGCUCUCGGCGUUGAGGCUCACACAGACGUCAGUGCCCUCACUUUCAUUCUCCACAACAUGGUGCCUGGCCUGCAGCUCUUCUACGAAGGCAAGUGGGUCACAGCAAAAUGUGUUCCGAAUUCCAUCAUUAUGCACAUUGGUGACACCAUUGAAAUUCUCAGCAAUGGCAAGUACAAGAGUAUUCUUCACAGGGGGCUUGUUAACAAGGAGAAAGUGAGGAUUUCGUGGGCUGUUUUCUGUGAGCCACCAAAGGAAAAGAUUGUGCUUAAGCCUCUGCCAGAGACUGUGUCGGAGACUGAGCCGGCGUUGUUCCCUCCGCGCACUUUUCAGCAGCAUAUUCAGCACAAACUGUUUAGGAAGGCUGAGGAGUCUCUCCUCUCUAAAAAAGGCUAAAAUGUUAAUGGAGGUUGUUUAUGAACACGUUGCUCUGUGUUAAGGGUUUAUAUUUAUUUGUUUGCGGCUGGUAGAGGCCAUUUUCUGCGGUUGCUUUCUUCAACAAUAAGACUCAAAUCUCAAUCACGUUUUUCUUUACCUGCAUUAAGAUAUUAUAUAUACUCUACCAUUUGGAGCCUUGACUCUUGAGGGUUUAUCGAA